AACCCAGAACAUUUAUUAUGUGGACAGCUUUGUGGGUUUUAUUAUGGGCUUUGACUCUCCAAUAAGUUGGUCGUUUGAUUGCUUCCCAAGAAAAACAUAGUUCCCUAAAGAGAUUGAUGGAUAUGGCCGUCGAUGAUGACUUGUUGGUGAAUUCUAAGCCGAUGAUGGAGGAACCACUGGUCGACUACCGAGUUUAUCCGAUCCCCGAUACAGUCCCAGAUGAAAAUUUGGAAAGAUUUUUUCAGAACGCGAAAUCGAAAUUAGAAAAGUAUGGCACCACAAUCACUCUGAAUGCGGCUGAGCAAACCCUCACAUUCGUACCAGGGGUAAGUAAGUGGAACCCUGGCCCUGCCUUGAACAAAUAUGGCAAGUUUGAAAUCACCACUUUCACUGUGCCCUUCCCCGAAAAUCGAGCAACAAAGUUGAAACAUGUUUGGCCCGACGUCGAAGAAUUCUUAUAUGAGUUUGCCAUUUCAUGCAAUCUCAAUUUGGCUGAGUGUUCCAUGCAAGUCUCAACAACCACAUUUCUUGAUGAUCCGUAUCUCCUUGACAGAGCUAGACAUCUCCUUCAACUGUUGUCCACAAGUCUUGUUCCGCCAUAUAUGGCAUUAGAAAUAUUCCAAGGCAGCAGGCAACAUGAAAUCAUGGAGAUAGGAGAUCAGCAGGGGGGGCUUUGCACAAAAUUUGGGGUCAAGAAGGGGGAAUAUCUUAAACGAUGGGAAUGCCUCUUCUACUCCCUAAAGGCACUUUCAAAAGCAACACAAUGUCAUAUCUUUCUUAACGAGAACACUUUUACUGCUGUGACUGCUGUGGAGAAUACAGUUGAAAGAAUUUCAUGGCUCAGGUCAGUCGUGGGAGACUGCAUCACCAAAAAUUUGUGUCCUGCAACCUCUAUCAGGAAGUUUGGAAACGAAUUUGGAAUGCAUCAAUCGAUGGAUGAUCUUGAGGAUCCACAUGCCAAGCACAUGGAGAUGGUGAGGUCUGCCCCUUUUUUUCUCAGAGAUAGCAUGCCUGAAGUCUGCUCUCUCUAUACGUUACUCCAUGAAAAACGAGCAAAGUUGCUAGAAGCUUCGUCAAUGCUGGAGUCUUCCCUAAGUAACUAUGGCAUUUCAUGUACUCUGGAGAAGGAUUCCAUGGCAUUCACAACAACGAGAUGUACUAAGGAGCCAGAUAUCAUUGACAAGGCUUUGCAGCUACUUGAACUUCUGUCAACAACUCAUGUUCCAGUAUCUCUGGCAAUAGAAAUAUUGGAUGGUAGUAUGCAAACUUGCGUAAUUAAAAUUGGGAAUCAAGAAGGUGGGAUUUGCUCAGACUUUGGGAUCAGUGAGGAGGAAUACCUUAUACGAUGGGAAUGUCUUCGCCACUCCCUACAGGUAGUUGCCGAAACGGCGGAAUGUAAUGUAUUUCUCAACUAUUACACUGUUGCUGCUGUGGGGAAUACUUCACUAGAAUUGUUCAAGCAGUCAGUGGAAAACUGCUUUCUUCAUAAUCUGUGUCCUGGGACUGUUUGCACGGAUUAUAAUUCUGCAUCACGAGGGCUGGAAAAUAUUGAAGAUCCACACGUCAAGCACAUGGAGAUGGAAAAAUCGGGGUCGUCGUUGCACAUGCUUGAAGUCAGCUCCUUCUGUACAUUCUUUUCGCAACUACAAGCAACUCAGUUGUAUGAUAAUUGGUCAAUUGUGGAAUCGUGUUUACAAAAGCAUGACAUUUCGUGCAAACUGGUUGCGGCCGAGUUUUACAUGACAGUGUCUGUAACCACAAAGGCCGGGGAAUCAAAUAUUAGUGACAAGAUUUUGGACGUUCUUAAACUUUUAUCAGUUGGUAUUCCACCUUCUAAGGCAAUACAAGUGCUGGAAGGCAGUAUGUACUAUGACUUCAUCCGGACAGGGUCUCAGUAUGGCGGGUUUUGCUUAAAAUAUGGGAUUGCUUAAAAUAUGGGAUCACUAAGGAGCAAUUUGAUCAAGUGGUUUGGCCACGAGUUGAACUCGGUUUAGAGGAAAUGGCAAGAGUCAUGAACUGUUACGUCAGGACUAGUCCAAAUGUUAUUACUGUCUGCGGUCCGCAUGAACAAAUAGAUGAAUUCAGCAAGUUCGUGCAAUAUUGUUUUGAUUCGAGGCGUCAACCGACUUGUGCAAUGGGAGUGUAGACGUAAACCCCCGCAGCUCAAGUCAUGAGGAUGUUCAGGUCAAUUUUGAGAUGGGCUGAUGAAGAAUCUUGAGACCGUUAAAGUUUCAGACGUUCAGUGUAAUAUAUGGGUGUGUUUGAUGUCAUUCAAAUUCAGGAACUAAUGGACUGUACUUGAUAGCAAAUUCUAGCCUUGUUGAAGGAGACAUUAGGACCAACCACUAUAUGAUUUCUAUAAUUACGAUAACAAACAAAUUAACAACAAAGAUGAUCGUUUUCUUUCUGCAAACGGUUCUCUUCAAUAACUCAAUUUUUUUUUUAUUUCAUUUAUUUUUGUUUCACAAAGUCACCCCGGACUAGUAUUUGUUAUACAAUUAAUGCUAUUAUCAUCAACA